AUGUGUAUUGCUUCUUACCUAAUAUCUAAUAUUGUAAUGAUAAUAGGUCUUAUUGAAGCACAUAUAAUUACUUUUUCUCAUUACUGUUUUGAACAUAUGUUUCAGGACCCAAUGGCCAAUGUAGGAAUCUUCAACAAUGCUGUGAAUGUGGAAAUCGAUGGCCCAGCACACUAUCAUAGGGAGGCCGCCACUGCUAACACAGUAGCUGAUGUUCACUGUAAGACAUGCAACUGGGUCCUGGGCAAGAAAUUUGUUGAAGUUCAAAGUGAAAACAUAGUGAUCAAACGAGGAAGAUUGUUGCUGCGUUUGUAA